AAAUCAUUCCAUACUCAGACUCGCACCUAUCAACUUCCCCAAUAUCUAAAAAAUACUUGAUAAUAAUAAUUCAAAAAAGAAGUUAACAUUUGUUGGUUUUGAACACAAAAUAUAAUCGCAAACCAUGACCGCUAAGAAAGCAACGUUCGACCUGAUGAACCUGGGAUAUCCCGUUCACUCGGAUCCGUACGAAAUAGAUCGUGAGUCGUCAUCGACAUCGUCGCAAAGGGAGCCCAGCGAGACAGUGAUGUCCUUUAAGGAGCUAAAGGAUAAACUACACAAGGAGGCGAAGAACGUAAUGCCGGACUUUUUCCCGCGGGAUCCAUCCUCCACUUCGGAAGACACCGAUGAUUGCGAUUUUCCGGAGACUAUAAAAGAACGGGCACGUCGCAUCUCCUUUGUGCGUCGCCGGAAAUUGCAUUACAAUGAGUUCACCACGGUCGAGUUGGCCCGUCGACUGAUCCACGAGGAGUUCAACAUGUCAUCGGAGAGUCUUCAUAGCGAUGAAAAAGACUACAUCGAGGAAAUCGUCCAGGAGGAGUGUGCUCCCUGCGAAGGCGACUCCGACGAAUCAUAUCCCUAUAUCCAGUACGAUCGCGUUACCACCCAGUCUCAAAUUUCCGACGAGAGUGUGCCGAAAGAGGAUCCCGAGCCGGGAUUCCAGCCCACACAUCAUUGCUACGAAAAGCUAAUAAAUGAGAUUGUCGAACAGCCUGUAGCCGAUGUCCCCAAGGAAGCGGUUCCCACACCAGAGCCCAAGGCACCUACACCUCCCGCACCGACACCACCGCCACCAUCGGUGGAAGUGAAAGUCGAAGAAAUUGAUCCGGAGGCGGAGACUCCUGCUAGAGCUUCGCAGGAAAAACGUACUCGGGUCAUAGACCGCGGCGAACAUAUAGACCUUAGUGCCACUAACACCGCCCCGAAGAUCACUCGUUCAAAGGCAGUGAAGAGAUCUCCUGAGCGUAAAUCACGCAAUUUAUAACCCAAUCUUCGUUCAUAACAAUCCUCUUUGAUGGGAUAUGCCGUAUCAUUGAGAUACCAAGGAAUAGCUAAGCUAGAAGAACUUAUCCUUAAAGCAUAUCCAUAAAAAAACAUCACUGGUUAUCUUAAACAUAUUAUGCUUACCAAAAUAAAUGGCUAUGUUAAAAAAGCA